UAAUUGGGUGAAGAAUUGCUGAAUCAAAGAGAGAGAAACAGAAAGAGUGUAUUGAUUAUUGAAUACAGACUUUCUCCCUUUGACUGUCACCAAACCCCAUAACACAAGCUUCAUCUUCUUCUUUCAAAACCCAUUUUAUAAGUCUUCUUCAUUCUCCUCCUCUCUCCAUUUUUUUUUUCUCUCAUUUUCCAGCAACCUGUUUUCCAUCUUCCCGCCUUUACUGAUUGUUAUUUGUCUUUGGUUUUAUUGUGUGCAAACGCUUGGUGGCUUCUCCUUCUUUCUGAUUUAGAUGGCUUCGGGGGGUAUUCCUCCCACUUCCGGACUUAGAGAACGCGGUGGCAUCGCCGGUGCCAUUGAUGGGAUGAAUGACAUGAAAAUUAGAGAUGAUAAGGAAAUGGAAACUGCUGUUGUUGAUGGUAAUGGUACAGAGACCGGUCAUAUAAUUGUCACCACCAUUGGUGGUAAAAAUGGACAAGAUAAGCAGACAGUGAGUUACAUGGCUGAACGUAUUGUCGGACAAGGAUCCUUUGGAGUAGUGUUUCAGGCAAGGUGCUUGGAGUCAGGUGAAACUGUGGCUAUAAAGAAAGUCCUUCAGGACAAGAGAUACAAAAAUCGUGAGCUGCAAACAAUGCGUCUUUUGGAUCAUCCCAAUGUUACCUCUUUGAAGCAUUGUUUCUUUUCCACAACUGGGAAGGAUGAGCUCUAUCUUAAUCUGGUGCUUGAGUUUGUCCCUGAAACUGUUCAUCGUGUCAUCAGACACUACAACAAGAUUAAUCAGAGAAUGCCAUUGAUAUAUGUAAAGCUGUACACAUACCAGAUCUGUCGGGCAUUGGCCUACCUUCAUGGGACUAUUGGAGUAUGCCAUAGAGACAUUAAGCCUCAAAACCUACUGGUCAAUCCGCAUACACACCAAUUAAAGAUUUGCGACUUUGGAAGUGCUAAAGUCUUGGUGAAAGGAGAGCCAAAUAUAUCUUAUAUAUGCUCCAGAUACUAUCGUGCACCAGAACUGAUAUUUGGAGCAACUGAGUACACAGCAGCAAUUGACAUUUGGUCUGCUGGCUGUGUUCUUGCUGAGCUGCUGCUUGGACAACCUUUAUUCCCUGGUGAGAGUGGAGUUGAUCAGCUUGUGGAGAUUAUUAAGGUUUUGGGUACCCCUACAAGGGAAGAAAUAAAAUGUAUGAAUCCCAAUUACACAGAAUUUAAGUUCCCUCAAAUUAAAGCUCACCCAUGGCACAAGAUCUUCCACAAGCGAAUGCCUCCUGAGGCUGUGGAUCUUGUCUCAAGACUUCUGCAAUAUUCCCCAAACCUUCGAUGCACAGCUUUGGAUGCUUUGACUCAUCCGUUCUUUGAUGAGCUACGUGAUCCAAAUACUCGCUUGCCCAAUGGACGGGCCCUACCCCCACUCUUCAAUUUUAAGGCUCAUGAACUAAAAGGAGUUCCAACAGAAACUUUGGUGAGGCUUAUUCCAGAUCAUGCUAGAAAGCAAUGUGCUUUUCUUGGAUCAUGAUGUGGUACAUGAUCAUGCUCAGAAGAGGUGCUUCAUGGAGAACUAUUUCAGCUGUUUUGAAGUAGAUAAGCUAUAUGCAUAUUCAAGGGAGGAUCUUUGGAGGUUAUAUUAUUUCUAUUAACAUUAUGUUCUCUGCUAACAUGCUCUGAUUAAGUUGAUAAUAUUGCCGUAAUAUGUUGUUGCUCAUGGAAGCGCGUUGUGAAGGUUCUGUUUAUUGUACCCAGAACCUGAUAGGCGAUGAACCAUUGUCUGUAGAUGUAACUGUAGGUUGUAACUAUGUAUCGAAUUAAAUGAUCAUUUUAUUCUUUCAUAUGGUUCACUUUGUUAUGUGACUCCAAGUGAGGAUGAGAGACGCUGCAUUGCUGUAGCUGUUGUGCUUUACAAAUUUUAUUUUUAUUAUUGGUGCUACUCUAAUGGGUGAUGAAAACCCUAUUGCUCAUUUA